AUGAUUGCCUACUGUCCUAACUGUCUCAAAGAAUUUGCGAAUCCGUGGGCUGUUACACGACACCUGAACCAACCUCGUACUUCCUGUCUACGAUGGGCCAACCAGCUUGAGAGUGCAUCACAAAUUUUGCUCGACCCUACUAGUCAGGAAGACGAACACACAACUGAAUCGUCACCCAAUCAAACUCCAAGCUCUUCUCUUGAUUUUCCAAUGGACUUGGAAUAUGAGGUGCUGCUUGGGCACUGGCAGGAUACUGACAUACCUGUGGAUGACCUGGAUUGCCUCUACUCUGAUGAGGGAGUCGCAGUGAACUUGGAGAGUGAUGUUCCAGGGUUUAGUGCAGAAUCUUUGGGCAGUCAGGCUUCGGGGCCCCGGCCUUUUGUUGAAUAUUUCAGAAGCGCUGCAAAGGUAUAUAGGCGUGGCCAAACCUUUCAGGAUUGGUUCAAUGUGGAUGCAUAUGCAGCCCAUCACAAGGAAAACAUUUACUAUCCAUUCGCCUCCCUUCAGGACUGGGAGCUUGGCAGCUUCCUCUUGCGCUCUUCAUUAAGUAUGGCAGCCAUCGAUGAAUUCCUGUGGCUCGAACUGGUCAAAGGAUUGCCGCUCUCCUUUCGCACAGCGAAAGAUCUUCGGGGUCAUGCAGAACUUCUGCCUCCUGUUCCUAAGUGGCAGUACCGUGUCAUUUCGAUAACUCACCCGACAAAACAGCCAGUACAUUUUUACUGGUGCGAUCCGUUAGAUUGUAUCGAAGCACUUUUUAAUCACCUGCUUUUUGCAAAAGAACUCGAUCUUACACCUACACGUGUAUAUGACACAGUGGAACGUACAAUGCGGAUAUACAGUGAAUGGAUGAUGGGGGACACCACAUGGUCAAUGCAGUCGCAACUUCCGGAUGGUGCGACACUCUUAGGUGUCAUACUUUCUUCCGAUAAAACCAAUAUCACAAACAUGACUGGUGGACACCUUGCUCACCUGCUCCUCAUCAGUCUUGCCAAUGUCAAGAUGGUGACUCGAAACAAGGCAUCCUCAAAUGCCUUUCUUCUUACAGCACUACUUCCAAUCACUGAAUUUCUGCAUCCAGUGAAGCGGAUGCAGAGCGUCCUUGAAGCCCGCUUAGUCCACCAAUGUCUGAAUAUCAUUCUCAAGCCACUGAAGCAAGCUGCGCGCAUUGGGCGGAUGAUGUCAGACCCGCUUGGGAAUCUUAGAUAUUGCUUUAUACCCCUGGCUUCAUACAUUGUUGAUAUGCCUGAGGCAUGCAUGCUUGCAUGUGUUCGAGGCAAGACCUCACCAGUAACCCUCGCUAUGUACAAAGAAUUCGGAGAUGACUUCUGUCACCCACCAUGCACAGCUAAAUCGACUCUCGACCAGCUUGCAAGCAUCAAAUGUGAUCCCCUCGACGUCGGAGGCUACUUUGAUGAAUGCUCUCUCUUCCGCCUAAAUGCAGAUCCAUCUUCAUUUCUGACACCUGAGGCCCUGCAUCACUGGCAUUGUGAGUUCUAUGACCAUGAUGUUCGGUGGUGUCUUAGAGCUGUUGGUGCACAAGAAUUGGAUUUUCACUUCUCUGUACUACAGCAACUCAUGAUGUUCCGACACUUCAAGGAUGGUAUUUCAAAUCUCAAGCAAGUCACAGGAAGAGCACAGCAUGACAUGCAGCGUUAUAUGGUUGCUCUUAUUACUGAUGCAGCUCCUCCUGGUGUCGUCAUAGCUGUUCAUGCACUUAUGGACUUUCAAUAUCUCUCGCAAGCAACAACGAUCAAUGAAGCGCAUUGCCAGUUGAUUCUUGACACACUCAAGGAAUUUCACGACCACAAACAAGAGGUCAUUGCAUGUGGUGCACGUCGAGGCACAAAGAGCAACAAUGUUCUCGAUGACUGGUAUAUCCCCAAACUAGAACUGAUGCAGAGCAUUGUGCCCAGUAUACGCAACAUUGGCUCCCUUGUGCAGUGGUCUGCAGACACGGCAGAGCAUGCUCACAUCACCCUUAUCAAGGAUCCUGCAGAUUCCACCAACCACAACAACUAUGACGCACAGAUAUGCCGGUUUCUUGAUCAGAAUGAAAAGUGUUGA